GAAUCGUCGUAUACGCGUAGGCCCUGUAAUAAUACGAACAACUAACUGUACUGUCAGCAUCGUCUGCGGCUCCAGCGACCAAGCUCCACUUCGCCUUCGCCGCUUCGAUCACUGUUUUAGUGUUGGCGUUAGGUUUGUAGAUACAGGUAGUAACUCAACUGCCUCGCGCGGGCAUGGGCAAUGCAGAUUCAUUGACAUUGUAGCCCCUGGGUGCACAGGGCACGCAGAUAGCAGGAGCAAUUAUUUAUUUUGUUGUGGCGUGCGCGGAGAUUCCUGUUGGAAGUCCGCCUGUCGCUGGCGGAGACUUCGAGGAGAGCUGUGGACGCAAGUCGAUAUCAUUGGCACCCGUCGUGCGAUCAAAUAGAGUUGGGAGUUCACUACAGGCGCUCGUUGGCUCGAGCUGCGGAGUUCAACUAGCCCACACCUAGCAUCACCGCUCUGAGGUAACGACAAAGGGAGCAGCCGCCAUGGUCAAGCAAUUCGUAUCGCCAGUUCGGGUCUACAAGUACCCAUUCGAAUUGAUUGCAGUGGCGUACCAGACUCGCUUCCCGUAUAAUGCUCGCGUUCCCAUCAUGAUGAAGUCGGAGCUACUCGAGGAGAAGAAGAGCGAGGACGGCACCAAGGAGACGAAAGUCAGGCGGUGCACGCUGAAGAUAGACGCUCCUUACCUCAUGAGAAAGAUAUCGGGAAUCGAGAGUGCGAUAUUCAGGACGACGACAGAGUUGGACUGGGUGGCACGGCGCUUUAUCAUCACUAGCGUCAACGAGACCUUCUCCUCGCGGGGCAAGGUCAUUGAGACGUGUAUAUUCUCGGAACACUGUGAGAACAGUGACUGGACGUGCUAUGAACAAGACUGUAGCAUAGAAAUGAUCUCCGUCUGGGGCUUCGAGCAGCAAGCAGAGAAACUGGCUAUAGACCGCUACAUUGCACGACUACCAAAGACCAAGGAAGUCAUGGAGCUGUUCGUCGAGGACGUGUGGAAAGCCGGCCUGCACGUACCAGAACCCUACGUCGGACCGCAAGCAGCAGCAGCAGCAGUGGUUCCAGAUACCGCUCCAAGCACGCCGAGCAAGAGUGUAGCCAGCGGUGGCACGAAGAGUGCAAACAGCAGCGGCGGCGGUGGCGGUGGCUCGUCGCAUCACCGUCGCUCCGGUAGUAGCGGUUCACAUCACCGUCGCACGGCUAGUGGACAUGGCCUCGGUGACAUUGCAACAGAAGCACAGGCCACGUCGGCAGAGACCACCACUGUCAGCAGUGCGGGCAGUACUACAGCUGCAGUGUCAAUAGCUACCCGCUCACCGUCCGUAUCGGAUGUGCUGGCCACAGCGCCGGCGGGGCCGUGCGUUGCCAGUGUAUCGUCAUCCGAAGACCGCGCCCUGUAUGCCCUGCGGAGACGAGACAGCGCCGGAAUAGACUCUGACAAGCUUGAAGAAGAGUACAUCCAGAGGUUCUUGGGUGAACUCACACCCUAUCAGGAAAGCAAUCUGAUCCAGCUGAAGCAGAAACUGAGCACUCUCCUCAAGGACAAGAUCCCGAAUGAUGCUGUCCUGCUGAGGUUCUUACGUGCACGGGACUUCAACAUUGAGAAGGCAAUUGACAUGGUGACCCGUCACGUGACCUGGCGCAAGCAGUACCAAGUGGACAGACUGGUGGACACCUGGGAACCUAGUGAUAUAUUUGGCCAAUACUACGCCGGUGGCUGGCAUAACUUUGAUAAGCGAGGGCAUCCUGUUUAUCUGAUGAGGUUGGGUCAGGUGGACAUCAAGGGUCUGUUGAAAGCUGUCGGCGAAACUGACUUGCUGAAACAGGUGGUAGCUCAUGAAGAGGAUGGACUGAGAAGGUGUGAACGAGCCACGAGAAGCUCGGACAAGGCCAUCAGCACCGUUACUCUCAUCUGUGACCUGGAGGGGCUGAGUCUUCGACAUCUCUGGAGGCCUGGACUACGAGCUGCUGACCGCAUCAUCCAGAUUCUCCUCAACAACUACCCGGAGACCAUGGGACGGUUGCUGUUUGUACGGGCACCGCGUAUCUUCCCUGUUCUCUGGGCUAUUGUUAGUCAGUUCCUGGAUGAGGCCACAAGGGAGAAAUUUGUUUUCCUCGCCGGCAAUGACUACCAGAACAAGACGGGUGGUCUGGCGGACUACAUCGAACCGGAGAAUGUGCCAGAUUUCCUGGGUGGACCGUGCAAGUGUAUGGUUCCGUCCGGAGGUCUGGUUCCCAAGGAGCUGCAGAUCCGUGGAGACGAUGAGUUCCUGGACACGGAGGCUGCCGACUGUGCCCUGGACACUGCGUAUCAGACUGCAACCGUCACCAAGGAUAGACCAUGCGAGGUGAUACUGCCCGUUGAUUGUGACAGUGUGCUGUUCUGGGAUUUUGACAUUUCACGCGGCAAGGUCUACUUCUCCGUGUUGCGUGUCAACAGUAUUGGUGACUCAGAUCGACCACCGGCGGAGAACUCCGCAUCCACAUCAACCUCCACGACAGCAUCAACAUCCGCAGCAUCCAAAGCAUCCACAGCACCAUCCACAGCAGCACCCCCAGCAGUGUCAGCAGUGUCAGUAGGUCACAGUGUCAGCACUCUGAACACUCUCAACACGCACAGUUUCAGUGAGACGGGUUCGUAUGACAGUCGACAGGAGCUGAGUGAGGCACUGCACGUGGUCGGACCAACGCUCUAUCACGACAACGACUCCGUACAGGGAACAUACACCGUGAAUCGGUCCGGCAUCUACCUGCUGCGCUGGGAGCUGUGUCCGCCGACUAGCACCACCGCUAGCAUUCUCUCAUCCAGCACUGGAGGCGGUGGUGGUGGAGCGGCGGUGGCGGCAGGAGGAAUGGCGCCCGGUUCGCACGCAGUCAGCGUGACCACAAACACACCCAUGGCCGCCGCUGGAGGUGCAGCUGCCACGGGGCCGUCUUCGUCGCUACUGUCCGAGAGGUUCUGGAAAAAAGCCAAUCUCAUGUACUAUCUGGAAGUGCUACAGCCUGACAGAUUCAAGGGUUCUGUGUCUAGCUUGGAGUCCUGGCAGAGUGCUGUGUCGACGCUAAGCAAAGACUCGGCACUCACCGACGGUGACGCUGACUCCCUGGCCGUGCACAUUCCUCCGCUCACCGCCGCUCUACAACAACAGCAACCCGUCCGGCUCGGCAGCUCACCGGGGUCGGCAGCUGCUGCUUCUGCUGCCUUGGGACCCAGCGGUACGUUCAUCAGCCACACACGAUCACCAUCCGCAACGGCGUCUCUGUCUUCGGCCAACUCCAACAGCGCUGGUCAACAGAAUGUGAAGCCCAGCAGCACGCCAGUGGUGAGAAAGCGGCAACUGUGGACUGACGUUUAGCUGUGGCCGUAGACUGACGUCUAACUGCCGCUGUGUUUUCAAAGAUCCUUGAGUACCGACCCGACCUAUCUAUUGAUCAUCAGCCAUACCUGUUUGCCAUGCAAGUAGAUCUACUAAUUAGGAACUUAGCUUGCACACCACGCUAUACGUGUGCCUGCAAGAUGUUCAUCAUCAGUAUGCAUGUUUGAGAAUAACCUUGUGAUAACCUUGCUAACAGUUAUGUCGCUGUGCCAAUGUCACCGGCACAGUCACAGUCCACAUGCGCAACACUGAGUACUAAGUGUGCAAUGAACAUUAGCCGUUACUACUGAGUCUGUGCAGCAGCCACCUGAACCUACGUGUAUUUACAUAGUCCGCAGUGGGUCUGUCCUAACUACGACGCUGGCUCUGUAAUUCGUGCCUAUCGCCCGCCUGUCUUACGUGUGCGCAGUGUCCGUAGACCACACAUACCAGUAGGUGUGUGUGUGUAGUACCCUCUAGUGUAGCUGUGACUAGUCUGGAUUCUCAGUGGACUGCUGGUCUGGAUUCUCAGUGGACUGCUGGUCGGGCACACAACGAACUGCUGUCCAACUGAACUAUACCAAUCUCUACAUGGUAUUGGUUAACAGCAUGUAACAAAGUGGAGGACACCGUGUUCGGAAACAGUGACCUUUCUACAACCAUCCACGGUUGGUAGAGCCCCGGUCGGUUGCGACCAUCUCUACCGACCGUGGAUGGUUGUAGAAAAGGUCACUGUUUCCGAACACGGUGUCCUCCACCUUGUAACAUGCUGUCAAACCAACAACAUGUUUUCACCGAAACCAGGUUUAUCUAAUGCCAGCCUCUACAUGUAUGUAAGUAGCUCUACUUCUCUCGUUAUCAUCAGCGCCAUUCUUUAGUACACACAAGUUCUCAAUCACUUGCUACUUUUCCGCUCUCUCUCUCUUUUUUUCCUUUUUUUUUUGCGGUUAUGGCAGCUGUUAUGGCAGCUGGAAGGACUGCCUUUCAGCACAAGUAGUUCCCCGCUGUGUGGGGGGUGUCUCGUUUUGAAAUCAAUGGCCCGCAAAUUCGCGCGCUGGUUCCCGUCGAUAAUGCCCUUGCCUAAGUUAUUGCAUUAGCCUGUACCUCAGAAUGUUAGUCGUUUUGUUUCACAAUUGUGUUUUUAAAUUGUCAUCGAGAAUAGCAUCUCGCGUUUUUUUUUGGAUUCCCGCAACUGGUAGCUGGCUAACUUAUUGUUUCAGAUAAUAUAAUUUCAAACAUCAAAACGUCUAUGGUCACUCUGAUGUUUUUCGGUCUAUUGUCCCAAUGUGCAGAAUGCUGCAGAUGUCAUUGUGCAGAUUGCUAGUAGUGGAGUGAUGCUCCUUACGGUG